UUGGCUGAAUUUGCAUUUCGACAUUUCCGUCAAAUCGCGGAAGCGCCAAAUUUGAAACGUCUCUCCAGAAGACCGAGCGGUAACUUACAGCACCGUAGACCUCCGUAGGCCAUUAGAGUACAUUUUCAGUACAUUUAAUCUGCUGAUAUCAAAACAGAGCUCGAUCUACAAUGGAUUCGUCCCUACGGUUCUUCGCAAAGUUGCGGAGCUUAGCUCUGCGCUUAGAGACGGAGAGAGCAAACCUGGAGCAGACUGCCGGCCAGAAGCUGAACGAGGACGACGACGAGACGGAGAGUGGAGCUGUCCGAGCAUUACAUGAACUACAUUCGGAGGUUAGAGGACUUAAGAGGCAGGUUCAGGGCCAGGUAGCAUCUCAAGAGGAUGGGAGUGGUGAGCUGAGGAGCUUUAUUAAAGCCUGCAUGGUGCUUAAACAGCGGACCACAGAGGACAUUGAAAGAAUAAAGAGACACUAUGAAAAAUAUGGGUACAGACCACGCAAAGCCUUCCAGAAAAACUCAGAAGUAACUGGUCAGGCUGAAGCAGAGACCAAGCCUAUCAUAGAAAAACAGCCAGAGAGAGAAUUGGCUGAUGAGAUGACAGAAGAUGGAGAGGAAGCGGAAGUUCAGGAAUCUAAAACACCUGAGAGGAUGCCACUUCCAGCUGUUGACCAAAUGCGUACUCCACAGCUCGCAGAUUUUGGCCUGUCUGCACUCCACCUGCAGUUGGUGCUUGGCAAUGCAGAACUGUCUGCAUGUGAAGUAGCUCCUAUCCCAGCUGUGUGUCUCUCACCACCCCCACCCCCUUUAAUGACCAUGCAGCCAUCCCUGCCAAAGACACCCAGAUGCUCUCUGGUUAUGGAUGAGGAUGCUCCUACCCCUCGAUUGGAAGACUUUGGUAUUACAGAGCACACAAUGUGCUUGAAUAAUGAUUUCACUAUGGGCUUGUUCCGCAAGAAACCACCAAAGAACAGGCAGACUUACAGCGCAACAGAAGAGACUGCUCAGAGAUCACCUCCAAACAAUUCUACUCCACCAUCUUUUAUCCCCCAAGAGAAGCUAAAUGAGAGCAUGGAGUCCCCAGAACUGCCUGCUUUUUGUACUCUGGAUCUUAAGAUGAAUAAACAGCUAGUCUUGUCCUCUGCUCAGCCAAUCAGUCCUCACUCCCCCCUUCACCCUGGAAAUGCUGCUGCUACGCCUGAGCUUCCAACGUUUGAGACGCCUUUUAUCAGCAAGCUGAUUAGCGCAAGAAAGGAGACCAGACAAGAUGAGCAGGAUGGUCUCACAAGAUCACUGAAUAGCAUGUCCAACUUUUCAGAAAGCCCAGCAGUCACAGUUCCAUCAUCUGACAUGUCAAAGAUGUCAGUCAGCGUGUAUCAGACAGGAGAGAGAACUCCUGAAAUGCCAAAACUACAAUCUUUUUUCAGUCGUUCUUUACCUUGUAUGGGAGGAAAUAACCAGUCAGGAAUACCUGAGCCUCCACUCCCUGUACUACACACUAAUGAUGACCACACUGAGGACUGGUGUCUAGCCACCCCUCGUGUCCGGAUGGAGUUCCAAGUAGAGCCGCGCACACCAGAGAUGCCUGAUAUGAGUUCCAUUACCCAGGAUAUCCUUAAACUUGUAUCUCAGGGUAAUUGCAAACCACUUCCCUCUGCAUCAGUGCAACAGGGCUCAAAAUCUAGUUUGCAGACAUUGGCAGCUGGGAAAGAGAACAGAGCUCAUGUUCUCAAUCAUGUGUCUGAGAAGGAGUUUCAUGGACUGGCAUCUUACAUGAAACAGAUCCCCCUCAACAGUCUGAACCAAGUGAUCAAUAAAAUUAACCUCAUGGUUGAGCAGCGACGCAGAGAUGGUGACUCUAACUCUGAAGCAUUUCAUAUGGAAGAUUUGAGGAAGAUAUUGGACGUGGGGCCUCAGGCUCCAAUGUACAUCUUGUCACUUGUUGAACUGAAAAGGUUGGAGAAUGUGCAGGGGUUUGGGAGAAAUGCAAUUUUCAAGAUCCUGACUAACACAUAAGGCUUUACAAUGAUUGUCAUUUGUUGUGUAAAUACAGAUUUAGUAUUUUGUUAGCUUUUUUUUUUUUUCAACUACUUUUUGGAAGGUGCAAAUGUGUUUGUCACUUGCACACAGUUCUAAGUUUGGCAUCAUCAGAAUACGAAGAACAAUUUUUAUUCUUUUUAUUAACUUGUAGUGGAACAACUCUCCCAUGUAAGAUAAACAUUGAUUUGACAAUAAAAUGUAAUUUAUAUAAAUUGUAUACAAAUUCUACUCCUUACAUUUUUUUUAUUUAUUAUUGUCUAUUGUUUUAUGCACCAAGAUGAGGAGGUGGUCAGUAAUGUUUUAUGUAUGUGUAUAGAUAAUGGUCCAGAUACACAAACUAAUAGUAACUAAAUGGCAUUUUAAAGUCUGA